CGAACUUUGACACGUGAGUUUUUUUAAAAAGGCUAACUAUACAGGAGAAAUUUUAUUUUACGCUGUUGUAGUAAGCAAUAUGACUUCAGUUGUUGAAAUUGAUAAUGUUAGUAAUAAUGACACUGAACUUGGUGGUGAGUUUUUGCCCUGGAAUGGUUUAGAGUCAUUUUUUGUAUUCAACAAAGCAAAUGGUUACAAUAUAAAUGCAAAAUGCGUUUUGUGUGGCCCUUCGGGAAAAUGUAUAAGUACAGCUAAAAAUACAUCAUCUAAUCUAAAACGGCAUGUUAAGAGAGUUCAUCCAUAUAAAAUGGCUGCUUUUGAAAAAGCUAUAAAAGAAGGUAAAAAAAAUGCUUCAGUUAAAAAAGAAAAAUGGGGUUCAUUGGAGAAUGCGAAGAAGGAUGCGGUGCAAUCAAAUCUUGAGAAAUAUGGAACUGAUAAAGGAUAUGAGAGUUUUAAAAUAAAUCAAAAAGGUUUAGACCAACUUGUUGUAAAUUUUGUUAUUAGUGAAACACAACCUUUAUCAAUAGUUUAUAAACCAUCGUUUGUAAAUUUGGUGAAGUUAGGCCUUCCUAAAAACCUAAAAGUUAUUUGCAGUAAAACUUUAAAACUACGUAUUAAUAGCCUUUAUUUAUCAAUGGUUGAAAAUAUUACUUCAAUACUUGGAGAUAUUAUGUAUGUUGCAACCACAGCUGACUGUUGGAGUAAAGGUAAAAGAAGUUAUAUUGGGGUUACUUGUCAUUGGAUAGAUCAAAAGACUCUUCAGCGUCAUUCAGUAUCUUUAGCCUGUAGCCGAAUAAAAGGAAGGCAUACAUAUAUUGUUUUGGCUUCUGCUUUGUAUAAGGUUCAUACAUCCUAUAAAAUACAAAACAAGAUAGUUGCUACAACAACUGACAGUGGCUCAAAUUUUGUAAAAGCUUUUAAAGCAUAUACUGUUUCUGAAAACUCAGACUAUGACGAGGAUAGUAAUGAUGAAGAAGAUAAUGAUGAUUUAUACAGUGAAAAUAUGAGUUUAUAUGACAUUUUAGACAAAAAUAGUCACGAACAAGAAGAGAGUGACUUACUUGUUCAGUUACCACAACAUUUUAGAUGUGCUAGUCAUACACUAGACUUGAUAGCAAAAGAUGAUGUUGAGAAAAUGGUACAGAAUUCACCUAGUAAUUUUAAGAAACUUUAUAGGAAAGCAAUGGGCAAGUGUUCAUCGUUAUGGAGUAAGCAAAAUAUGUCAAAUAUAGUUGCAGAAAAAAUUCACAAUACACUAGAUGUUUAUUUAAAAACUCCUAAUAAAACAAGAUGGAACUGUAUCUAUGACAGCUUGUUACAAAUUAAAAAUAUUUUUUCAGACUCUAAUGGACAUAACAAAAUGAGCAAUAUAAUGGAUUUCUGUGAAAUACAAAGAUUCACAAAUCAAGAAAUUCAAUUAAUUCAAGAAUACUGUGAGGUAAUGACUCCACUUGCCCAUUCUUUAGAUUUUUUACAAGGAGAAGAAUCAAUGUUUAUGGGGUAUUUAUUGCCUACGCUUUACGCUUUAGAUAAAAAGCUAACUACUUUGCAACAGAAAAAUAUGAAUUUUUGUAGUCCGCUUGUCAACGCAGUAAAAUCUUCUGUUCAAACUCGAUUUAGCGCAAUAUGGGAAAAAAAGGAGCUAAUAUUAGCAUCGUGUUUGUUACCUCGCUUUAAAUUAUUAUGGCUUGAUGGUGUCAAACGUUUCUCAGCGGAAGCUUCGUUAAAAUCUUUAUUUGAAAGUGUGGAUCAUAGGUCUAGUUCAGGCCCUUGUGAAAUGGAAUCUUCUCGUACAACUACAGGUGAAUUUAAAGAAGACUUUUUCUGUUUACCUGUUAAAAGCAACAGAGUUACAAGUUCUGGUAUUGAAGAGUUAAAAAUCACAGUCAAGAGAGUUAUCUCUUUUACUAUUAUACCCAUCAGUAUUAAAAGCCUUUUUAGAACUUAACACACCUCUUCCAUCAAGUGCACCUGUUGAGCGACUAUUUUCAACAGGGUCUAAUGUAAUUACUGAAAAAAGAUAUAAAUUGAUUUAUUAUUUGAAAAACUAGUUUUGUUAAAACAAAAUAAAGUUGAAGUUUAAAUUUGUUUUCUUAUAUUUUACUGUUUUCUAAUUACAUUUUUCUUAUGCUUUCGAACUGAAAUUAACAUAUAUGCUUAUAUAUGCGUAACUAUACGUGCCGAGCCGUUAAAAAUAAAAGUAAAAUUUCAAAAAAACAAGAUACUUAUAAAAAGAUUUUAAAAUAUUAAUAAAAAUAAACCAAUUAUAAUAAGUUUGCUUCCAUUUUGUUGUUAGUGUAAUUCGUAAUGAGUAAUUCAAAAAUUAUUAAAAAAAAAAGAACGAACUUGGAACGAAUUCCUUUUUUUGAGGAAUUUGGAAAAAGUUCCUUUUUGAGGUAAGGAACGAGGAUCUGGAACGAGUUCAUAUUAUACCAAAUGAACGGGGAACGGAACGAGAUCCUUUUAAAAAGGAACUUUCCAAA